UGUGAUGUGUUUGUGUAUCCUCAGUGUUUUUCUCUCUUGAGUGUUUUAUUGAGUGUAAACAGAGUCUUGUCUCUGUGUAUUUUAGUGUUGAUGAUGGAUAUGAUGUGCUGUAAAUCAGUAGGAACUGAUCUGUCCAUGCUGGAUAUUGAUGAUUUCAUCACAGAAAUCUCUCAGCUGAAGAAAGAGGUGGCGUUACUGGAGACAAAGCUGAGGUUAAGAGGAGAUGAAGGACUGAAGAGAGAGGACUCCGAGCUCAGUCUGACUUUACUCUGUUAUACUGAGUCAAAGCCCACAGACGCUCAGGACACUACAGUGUGUGACAGUAAUCAGGGCUUACAGGAUGAGGAAUCUACUGAUCAAACCUCCACAGAGUCUCUGGAUUCUGUCUGGAACGCUGGAGAACAGCAGCAGAUCCUGCAGACCAAACUCAACAUGUGUUCAGUCAAACUCACCGACUGCUCGAACCUCACGAUGAAGAUAAAAACUGAACCCACAGAAUCAAAAACUGAACCCACAGAAAUAAAAACUGAACCUACAGAAAUAAAAACUGAACCUACAGCAGAUGAAUAUGAGGACAAACACCGUGAUGGUCAUGAUUUUAUUGUGUCAGAUGUAAGGAGUGAAUCAUGUUUGGAUGGAGAAAUAAUGUCCUCAACAUCAGAAGAGCGACUGACUGCACGAACAGUUUCCUGCAUCACCGGUGGAGAGACAUUAAGCUCACAGAGACAUUUAGAGAGAAAACACACAGAACAUGAACAUCAUCUGAAGAAACACACCAAUGAGAGACCGUAUCAAGGCAGUGAAUGUGGAAAAACCUUCAGGAACUCAGGUCAUUUAAAAUCACACCAGAAUAUUCACUCUGAAGAGAAACCCUUUCAAUUUCCAAAACAUUUCAGUCAUAAAUCUCAUCUGAUAGUCCAUGAGAGACUUCACACUGGAGAGAAACCUCAUCACUGUAGUGUUUGUGGGAAGAGAUUUAAUCAAUGUAAAUAUUUAGUGUCACACCAGAGAAUUCAUACAGGACAAAAACCGUAUAAAUGCUCUCAGUGUGAGAAGACGUUUGCUCAUUUAACUUCCUUAAAAGCCCAUCAGAGAAUUCACACUGGAGAAAAACCUUACAAAUGCUCUCAUUGUGAGAAGACGUUUACUCAGUCAGGUCACUUAAAAUCCCAUGAGAGACUUCACACUGGCGAGAAACCUUACCAAUGCUCUCAGUGUGGAAUGAGCUUCACUAAUUUAAAUUCUUUUAGAGUUCAUCAGAGACUUCAUACUGGUGAAAAACCUUACAAAUGCUCUCAUUGUGAGAAGACAUUUACUCAGUCAGGUCAAUUAAAAUCCCAUCAGAGAGUUCACACUGGAGAGAAACCUUAUAUCUGCUCGAUCUGUGGAAAGAGAUUUGCUUCUUCAAGAAGUCUUCAGAAUCAUAAGAAGAAACAUACUGAAGAACAAACUACACUGAGGUCAUCAUAGUGUCGGUGCAAUAACAUGCAAAAAAAUAAUUGAUUUCUAAUAAUUGAUUAAAGCUGACAUCGAAUGAUUGAACUGGGUAUUUAUCCUUGUUCUGUGAUGUGACAUUUAGACAAAUUAUUUUUGUUUGGGUCUGUAAUGUCUUAGAAGCUUCCUAAAAACCUCUCUCAGAUAGCUCUAUUAGGGUGAGGGAUUUUAAACAAGUGGUUUUGCACCUAUUUGGCUCCCCCUACUGGCUUAAUUUGCAAUCUCAUUACAGAUUGGCUGACUUUGCUGGUACUCAAAAAAUGUAGCCAAUUAUUUUAAAGUGGAGGGGCAGUUAGAUACCUGUGAUGUCAUAAGCAUCAGUUUUUCAGAUUGGGCCGUUUUCUGGCUGACAUUUCUAAAAUAGGAAUUUCUAUGAGACUGAGAUGUAAAGCAUGUCUAGCACUUUUUUUAUGUUUGUGAAUGCGGGUAGACUACCAUUAUUCAACAAAGACAAGGUAAAAAUGUUUUUUUAUUCUCUGUCCCCUUUAAGGGAAAACGUCAUGCUGCAAUGCAUGCUGGGUA